AUGGGUUGGGUCCAUAACCUUGCCCACCCGGAUGCCCACAACCAUGUGGCGCGCGUGAUCGCCAUCUGCUUGACAUUCAGCAUCAGUGCGGUGAUCGCCCUUGUGCUAAGGCUGUACAUCCGCUUGCAUUCGAAACGUGCCCUUUGGCUAGACGACUACUCGGCGGCAUGUAGUGCAGUGUUGGGAGCAGCCUAUGCGGGGAUUGCAGUGGCCCAAACACGGUAUGGCUUAGGACUGGACGCCGCUGCUUUUCCGGAUGCGAACGUGGUGAUGUUCAGUAAGAUCCAAUACGCUGGCGGCCCCACGUAUAUCCUUGCUAUCCUCUGCUUCAAGGUGUCGCUCCUGACGUCCUACCUGCGAGUAGGAGGUUUCGUGGCUGCCUAUCGAUGGAGCAUCAUUGGGGUGGUGAUAGCUGUGGUGUGCAACCAGGUCAUUUUCACGUUUCUCUUAACGCUGGCAUGCAAUCCGGUCGCAAAACAAUGGGACGCGAGUCUCCCAGGCACAUGCAUUGACACCGUCGCUUCAUACUAUGCAUUGGCUGGUAUAUUCACCCCCUACCAACCCAUCAAAAUUAUGAUCCAUAACCAGAAAAUAGGAACAAGCCUGGGCUUCGACCUAGUCAUUAUUGCCCUCCCCCUACCGGUCCUAUGGUCCUUACAACUCCGACAAGCGCAAAAGAUCGCUCUCAUGGCCCUCUUCGCCCUCGGUUUCUUCAUUACGAUCAUCCAAAUAAUCCGCAUAUUCACCAUCAAGCACCUCAAAACCUACACAGACAGCCAACCGAUCGUUUUAUGGUCGCAAGUGGAAAUAAGCCUGGGAGUAAUAAUCGCAUGCGUCCCCACCUACGGUCCCUAUUUCCACGCCUUCGCCUCGACCCUCACCUCAAGCUACAACACGCGCCGCCAACGACGCCAACACGCCUCGCAGAGCCAGACCAUGGACCCGUCCCGCUCGUACGCACUGAGCGGGGCGCGUCGAACGCAGCGCAACCAGAGCCGUAUGCUCCCUUCUGAGACGGACGACCAGGCUGAGUUUCUGGAGUUGGGGGAGGCCAGUGCGGGAAGAAACAGGCCAUGGGAUAAUUCUGUCGCGGUGACUACGACAAUUGGGCAUGGUGAUGGGGAUAGUAGUAGUGGGGGGAGGAGCUCGUUGGGAAGUGGAAGGGGGAGAGGCAGUGGAGAGGGGAAGGAUGGGGAAGGCCCGUUGCAGAUUCAGAGGGUCGUGGAGGUGGAGGUAAGGGUUGAUUAG